AUGACUUUUAGAGGGAGGAACAUAAGAUACGUUGAUGGAGGCCAAGUUAUGGCGAAGAAAGGAUGCUGGUCUUGGCUCAAAGGUGGUCUAACCGUCGAUCACUCGGUCCAUGUCAACAUUUUCUUCCAGAGCACUGACUUAACGGCCACAGAGAUAUUAGUAGAAAAUGUGAGGUUGCAACGGUUCAACAAAACUCAAUGGAGGCUAAAACAAGACCAAGUCAUUGAAAAGGUUAGGAAGAACAAAGUGAGAUUUCAAGUGAGUUUCCAGAACAAAACCGUGGCAAAAGGAUCAUUGAUCUCCAUCAAACAGAUCAAACCAUCUUUCCUCCUCGGCUGUGCUAUGAACUACAAAAUCUUGGAGAGUGAUAGCUAUAAAGAAUGGUUUACGUCACGGUUUAAGUUAACUUCUUUUACCAAUGAAAUGAAAUGGUAUACAACUGAAAGGGUGAGAGGCCAAGAGGACUACACACUGGCUGAUGCAAUGAUGCAGCUUGCAGAGGAAAACGAGAUUCUAGUCAAAGGACAUACGGUCUUGUGGAACAACCAGAUUUGGCUGCCGAGUUGGGCUCAGGCGAUAACCGAUCCGGAAGAUCUAAAGAAUGUGACAAUCAACAGGAUCAACUCGGUUAUGAAGAGAUAUAAAGGGAGAUUAGUUGGAUGGGAUGUGUUGAAUGAGAAUGUGCAUUUCAACUACUACGAGGACAUGCUUGGGAAAAACGCUUCAGCCAUUUUCUACUCUAUGGCCUCUAAUCUUGAUCCUGAUGUACCGUUGUUCGUGAACGAGUACAACACGGUGGAGUUUGCUCGAGAAGGAGUUGGGAGCCCUAUAAACGUGAAGAAGAAGAUGGAAGAGAUAGUCUCAUACCCAGGGAACAUGAAGAUCAAAGGAGGAAUUGGAGCACAAGCUCACUUUACUCCAACGCAGCCUAACUUGGCUUACAUGAGAUAUGCAUUAGACACGUUAGGCUCUCUAGGUUUUCCGGUUUGGCUUACGGAGGUUGAUAUGGCCAAGUGCCCGGAUCAGGUUAAAUACAUGGAGGACAUUCUGAGGGAAGCUUACUCGCAUCCUGCGGUCAAAGGGAUAAUCUUAUAUGCGGGACCUGAGGUGUCCGGUUUCAACAAGUUAACGCUUACCGACCAAGAUUUCAACAAUACAGAAACAGGGGACCUCAUUGACAAGUUGCUCCAGGAGUGGCAAGAACAACCUGCAGAGUUACCUAUUGAAAACCAUGAACAUAAUGAUGGUGAAGAAGGUCGGAUAAUAGGGGUUUCACCAGAGAUUUCCCUGUUGCAUGGACAUUACAGAGUGACUGUAACUCAUCCAUCGAUGAAGAACUUCUCCACCAACUUCAGCUUGGAGGUAACCAAGGAGAUGGGUCAUCUUCAAGUGGUUAAACUUGAAAUUUAA